AUUCAAAAUGUUGCGGUGAGCAUUCUAUCGUCGGUGUCUAGUGCAUUGUGGCACACGUAUCUUCUCGCAUCAUCGGCAAAAUGGCGUUCGUUACUCUGGUUAGCCUCUUGGUCGUCCUGUCCAGCGUCAGCGCAGCACCGUCCACUAUAAAUGGCAAACCACCGAUUGAUUGGACAUGCACCAUGUCACCGGUGCGCUCAGCCGAUCCGGUGAGGUGCUUCAACGAGCAGGUUACACCCAGUGGAAAUACCAAAGAACCCAUUUUGUUUGAAGGGGAUAUUGCCGGAGUUAUCGAGGAUGGUGACACCAUCGCUGACUUGGAUAUGAAACUGAACGGUGUGAGCCGAGCCGGAACCCUGCAGUAUCCCCUCUGGUGGGGCGGAUUCGUGUAUUACGAAAUUGCCAGCUCGUUUACUGCGGCCGAGCGCGCCAUCAUCCAGCGGGCUUUUAAGGAAUUCGAAAGAACGGAAGCGGUCCGAUUUUAUCAACGGACCGGUUCGGAACCAAAUUACUUGACCAUCUUCAAGGGAUCUGGGUGUUGGAGUUGGGUGGGACAGCACGGUGGAGCGCAGCAGCUAUCCUUAGGACAGGGAUGUGUCCACUAUGGAACCAUCGUCCAUGAACUUAACCACGCGGUCGGUUUCUGGCACGAGCAAUCACGCCCGGACCGUGACAGUUACAUUGACUUGAACCUCAACAACGUUCCUCAAGACCAGCAUCAUGCAUUCAACAAGUAUGGUGCCAGCAUCGUUACUACAUCGGGAACCGGCUACGACUUCGGCUCCAUCAUGCAUUACAACAUGUACGCCUUCGCUAUUAAUCCCAGCAUCUGGACCAUCCGUCCCAAAACCCAGUACCAAAACUACCAAAUCGGGCAGAUUGAGAAGCUGAGCGACACCGAUAUCCAAGAGAUCAACGCCCUGUAUCCGCUGUGCGCCACACUGUGGUACGACGCCGAUUACAGUGGCCCACAUUCGCUGUUUGUCAGCGGGAUCCAAACGAACCUCCACGCCAACGCCCAGGACCAGUACAGUUCCGCCAAGGUCACCUUAGGGUGCACGCUAACAACGUACAACCGCGUUAAUUUCCAGGGCACUGCGACGACCUUUAAGCCGACACAGGAGGGCGUGUUGUGGUACAGUUUCGAGGGCCAGUCGUAUGAUAAUGAUGUGCGCUCACUGAAAUGCACUUGUGCUUAAUACGAUGAUGUCUCUGAACUGUGCGAAUUUCGCAGCCAUGAUUUAAAAUUCUCAUUAUAGCAAAUUUCGUCGGAUUUUUCAUGAUAAACACAAGCCUUUUGCACGAAGCUUUUGAAUGGUAAUAACACAAAGAACAACAUUACUUUUUAUGGG